AUGUGGUGCAAAGCGUUUGCUGUUUUACUUCUUCUUGUGGCUCUGGUUCGUUGUCAGAGAAACUUUACCACAACCGGACCGAAAGUUCUGUGCUAUUACGACGGAUCCCACGCGUUGAAGGAUGGACCUGGUCAAGUUACAGUACCAGACAUUGAGCUAGCGCUUCCAUAUUGUACUCACCUUAUGUACGGAUUUGCGAGCAUCGAUGUUAGAACCAAUCGAAUCCGUCCUGUGGACGCGUCACUGGAUUUGGACUCCGGAAAAGGUCAAUACCGGGUUGUAACCGCGCUGAAGAAGCGUUUUCCGAAUCUCAAAAUUUUCCUGAGCAUUGGCUUCUAUAAAGAUCUGAAAGAGGAAAAACCCUUUGAGAAGUAUCUGACUCUGCUGGAAUCAGCUGGAGAGCGUAGAUGGUUCGUGGACUCCGUUUACAGUCUGCUCAAAACCUACGAGUUCAAUGGACUGGAUCUGGCCUGGCAGUUUCCCCAGACUAAACCGAAGCGUAUUCGCGAUUGGAAAGGCAAACUGUGGCAUGGAUUCAAAAAAGUCUUCACCGGAGACAGUAUUUUGGAUCCCAAGGCCGAUGAACACAGGGAAGAGUUCACAGCUUUGGUGCGGGAAUUGAAGGAAGCUCUCAGGGCUGAUAACUACGAGCUCGGUUUAACGGUGCUUCCACACGUCAACGAAACCAUGUUCAUGGAUGUGCCCCUGUUGAAGGAUUAUGUGGACUACAUCAAUCUGGCGGCUUUCGAUCAGCAAACUCCGGAACGAAAUCCUAAGGAAGGGGACUACACCGGCCCGAUUUAUGAACCCGAGGGACGCGUUGAGGGCAACAACAUUGAUGCAAAAGUUAACCACUGGUUAUCGCACAACACACCGAUCAAUAAAAUAAUCAUCGGCAUUCCGACGUACGGCCGGGGCUGGAAGCUAAUAGGCGAAUCUGGCGUCACCGGUGUUCCACCGAUUUUGGCCACCGGCCCGGCUGCUUCCGAUUCCGGAAGCAGUGGCACCGAUGGGUUCUUCAGCUGGCCGGAAAUUUGCUCGAUGCUCCCGAAUCCAGGAAAUGCCCAUCUCAAGGGGUGGCACCGGAUGAUAAGAGUCGGAGAUCCAACCAAACGCUACGGGGUGUACGCUUAUCGCAUCGCGGAUGAGCACGACGAGAAUGGCAUUUGGUUGUCCUACGAGGAUCCGGACUCGGCAGGAAACAAGGCGGCCUACGCGAAAGCCAAGGGUUUGGGCGGUGUCUCGAUUUUCGAUCUUGGCAACGACGACGUCCGAGGAAUCUGUGCCGGCGAUAAGUUCCCGAUUCUGAGGGCGGCCAAGUAUCGGCUAUAAGCGAAAUCAAUGAAGAUCGAAAAUUUUUAAUUGUAUCGAAUACAGCAUAAAUAAACAUAGAUUCAAAAACA